UGUCGCUGCGACUUCCGGUGUGACCGGAAAUAGAAUUAACCCUAACGCCAAUAUGGAGUUUGAAACCUCUUCCGUGCAGCAAUAAUAACUUUUUAUGCAAUACAACGUCAAACUUUAUUGGCGAAAUACGUUAAUAAUAACAACUUUGAUCAAAUGAAGACGAGAAUCUCCACUCGCUGACGACUUUGUGCUCGGACUCAGUCAGGAACCCCAAAGGGACAUUUGACUGCACUUUCCUGUCACGAUGGACGAUUCUGGCUCCGCCUCCUCUCCCAUGCCGUCUCCGUCGGUAGCCCCCGUCCCCCUCCCCUCCACCUCCGCCCCGACACGUUGUCCUGAGCUGGACCUGUCGGUGGCGGCCAGCCCCUUGUCCAAGCCCCGCCCCCGCAGGCAAACGCGAGGAAAAAGAAACCCCAAGGUGACUUUUGAUGAGCCUGUGGUGGUCAAGGUGAUACCAGAGCCACAGUUCCCGAUGAAAGGUGUACAGCAACACCCGGCCACCCGUCAGAGGACCUGGAGAGCUGGUCUACACGCAGGCGCCGCACGCCAGGGGGCGGAGCUAGCGUCCUACGAGCAUCCCGGCGGUCUGGCGGAGGCGGAGCUAAACACUACCUUGGCCGUCAAGGCGGAGCUGCUGGCACUCCAGGAGGCGGAGUUUGACGCCCAGAAAGCGCUUAAGGAGACGUUACAAAAGAUGGAGCGGACGAAAAAACAGAUAGAAACCCGAGCGACACAAGGAACCAACGUCUCUCGCUCUCAGACCCUUUUCACCUCCCUGGUCAGCGUCGACGUGCCCGACAGUGAGGUCAUAGGCCAAGUGUUUAGGGACAGGCUGCUUUUGGCCCCGCCCCCUCGCCCCAAACCCACAGAUAAGCCCUCCCUCCAAAUCUUCAUGCCCACCGACUUGUUCAGACAGAAGCCCCUCCCACCGGCGGAGGACGCCUUCGGUAGAGCGUUUAGUCCGCGACCUUGCCCCGCCUCCUCAACCUUUGACCUUUACAAACGACAGAGGCGGUGGGAAGCCACGCCCUGACACACCUUUUAUUGUAGUCCUUAGUCAGUCCUUAGUCCUUAGUCAUAUUGUCCCCUCCAAGACACUUUUUUUCUAUCAAUAAAUGUAAUAUUAAUGUUUUAAUGGUGGUAGAAGUCAAGUGUCUUAUUUAUCCUCCGUUAUCUCUGGUGGGAGGGAAAUGACCGCUAGACUACACAAAGUCUAAGCCUGAAAAAAGUAUCACAAACUCAAAAAAAAUGUUUCACAAAUUCAAAAAAGUUUCACAAAUUCAAAAAAAAUAAUUUCACUAACUCAAAAAAAAUGUUUCACAAAGUCAAAAAUGUUUCUCAAACUCAAAAUUUUCACAAAGUCAAGUCAAAGAAAUGUUACACAAACUCAAAAAUAAUGUUUCACCACCUCAAAAAUGUUGUUCACAAAGUCCAAAAUAUUUUACAAAGUCUCCAAAAAAUAAUUCACAAAGUUAAAAAAAAAAAGUUUCACAAAGUUAAAAAAAAUUUUUUCACAAAGUCCAAAAAAAUGUUUCACAAAGUCAGAAAAUUUUCACAAAGUCAAGUCAAAAAAUGGUACACAAAUUCAAAAGUAAUGUUUCACAACCUCCAAAAAAAAUUCACAAACUCUAAAAAGUUUAGCAAAGUCAAAAAACUGUUUCGCAAAGUCAAAAAAACGUUUCGCAAACUCCAAAAAACUGUUUCACAAAUUAAAAAAAAAAAAAUUUCACUAACUCAAAAAAAAUGUUUCACAAAGUCAAAAAUGUUUCUCAAACUCAAAAGUUUCACAAAGUCAAGUCAAAGAAAUGUUACACAAACUCAAAAGUAAUGUUUCACCACCUCAAAAAUGCUGUUCACAAAGUCCAAAAUGUUUUACAAAGUCCAAAAAAAACAAUUCACAAAGUUAAAAAAAAUUGUUUCACAAAGUCCAAAAAAAUGUUUCACAGAAUCCAAAAAAUGUUUCACAAAGUCAGAAAAUGUUCACAGUCAAGUCAAAAUAUGGUACACAAAUCCAAAAGAAAUGUUUCACAACCACCCAAAAAAUUUCAUAAACUCUAAAAUGUUUCGCAAAGUCAAAAAAAUGUUUCGCAAACUCCCAAAAAAUGUUUCACAAAGUGAAAAAUAUUAUUCACAAUGUCUAAAAAGUUUCAUUCACAAACUCUAAAAAGUUUCACAAACUCAAAAUAAUGUUUCACAAAGUCAAAAAUGUUUCGCAAACUCCAAAAAAUGUUUCACAAAGUCAAAAAUAUUAUUCGCAAAGUCUAAAAAGUUUCAUUCACAAACUCUAAAAAGUUUCAUUCACAAACUCUAAAAAGUUUCAUUCACAAACUCUAAAAAGUUUCUCAAAAACUUAAAAUAAUGUUUCACAAAGUUAAAAAUGUUUCGCAAACUCAAAAAAAAUGUUUCACAAAGUUAGAAAAAAUGUUUCACAAAGUCCCAAAAAAAUGUUUCACAGAGUCCCAAAAAAUGUUUCACAAAGUCAGAAAAUUUUCACAAAGUCAAGUCAAAAAAUGGUACACAAAUUCAAAAGUAAUGUUUCACAACCUCCCAAAAAAAUUCACAAACUCUUAAAAAGUUUCGCAAAGUCAAAAAAAUGUUUCGCAAAGUCAAAAAAAUGUUUCGCAAACUC